AUGGCAGCUCCGACCGUGUCGAUGCCUUUGCCCACUGUGCGGAAGGAGUCGUCUGCGACCAUCACUACGGGUUACAGUGCUGUAAGCUUUGUACCGACCGAACAUGUCCAGACAGCCGUCAGUGAGAUGGAUGAUCAUAUUGUGAUCGAUAUCAUCGUGCCGCCCACACGGUACCUGCCGCCGACGCUCACCGUCGCACAAAUCAUGAAGCAGAUCCAGGAAGACCUCAUUCGGGAACUAGAAAACCUUGGCCAGGGCCUGGGCUCGAGCAUUGCCUCUGUCGCGCACCCUCGGAGCAUGUACGCCGAAGCUGAGCAGUUCAUGCGUGACUCAACCGGUCGCCUGAUUGACCCUGCCCUACUUCCUCAAAAUCGAUCUGAAUUUAACCGUGCGCGUUUAGGCAUCCGCAGUUUACGUGGCGAAUCACUCCUUACCUACUUUCCCUCGCCCGCUGCGGCCGAGCCCAAGCUCGUGAACCAGCAGGUAACAACAUGUCCAUGCGUGUGCUGCCGGAGUGGAUGCGCCGGUGCUGAUCCACGUACCAAGCGUCUACCCUUGCUGACAGAGUCUCUUGCCAAGGAUGCGAACGGCAGCACGAUCGUGGAUGUGCCACCGCCACAGUCGACGGCACGUACUGUCCUUGGCGAACCUUUCACCGAGGCUACCAGCCUACGACGCGACGCAUCACGUCCUAUUCCUGCCAUCAGAUCCAUGGACAACCUGCGCGAUGCAACAGCCAUGAAAUAUAAUGACGUCAAGAUCCACGCCAAUGCGGCGCCCGUGCCCACAGGACAUUCUUUCCCCGCGAUGCCUACGUCUCAAUACCGCCGCGAGUGGCAGAUUCCACUGCCAUCCACAGGCUCGAAGCCAUCUUCUCACCUGGUAGUGCGCCCCAAUUCGCAGCGCCAUAUGGACUCGCACGACCAACGUGCGCAAAAGGGCAUGAGUGUCUUUGCGCCCCUGCAGCUCUCGGACGACCUGGCGGCAGCGUUGACGCUAAAUGAUUUGGGGUCGACCGACAUUUCGCCAGAGCUCAGCCGUCACACGCCGCCCCUUUCGAGUCCGUCGUCUAUCGGCUCGACGCCGCGUGUGCGUGGCGAUACCUCUCGACGACAAGACUUAUCCCCACCCGAUUCGAGCAUUGAUGCCACGGCCACGCCCAUUGCUGCGCGUUUCAGCCGGUCAUUGUCCAACUUGCGGCAGAAAGCGCAGCGAGAUGCCGAAAUUCCGCCCGUACCACAGACACCUGCGACGCUGCUGCAUGCGCCGAAGGCGCCAACUUAUGCUGCGCCCAACUCGCGUGUGCGCAUUCUAUCUGGUCCCACACAGCAGUCGUACCGCUUCCACUAA